GGCUUAAAGAAAAAUAAGUAAACAAAAGAUGACUGGUUCCUGAGCACAAGACCUCCCCGGUGUGUGUUUGGAGGAGGGAGGACUUAGUGAGGAGCGCAGGGUGGAUUUGUUUGGAGCACACGCUGUCAGGAUGCGCUGCAUCAAGCGCGCGGCGGUGAUUCUGGCCGUAUAAAACAGCCCCGCUGUGCUUUGGCACAGAGGGAGAUGCAUCACUUUAACCCACGGCUCUGCCCUCCGGACUCGCCCUGCUCUGCCUUGAUAAGUUGAAGGGGACGUUUGGUGCCAUCGCGAGGAAUCCUGCCGCUCGACACUCCAAAAGGAUCCCCCAUCCCUCUCCGUGUUUGUUUUUAUUUCUGAUAUUUGUCAUCAUUUCUUCCAACUUCGAUGGAGAGAUGGAGAGCUGUAAGGCACGGGCCAUCCACCGUCCUCACGUUACGUGGAGCAGCGGCGUGAUUCAGGUCGCCAUCUGAGUUCCAGUUAGGAAAAAUAAUAGUCAGAAAUCAAAUAUAAACUACUUUGGAGAUGUGAAUGAUCGAGAUUUGCUCCUCGCACCGCCGGCUCGCCCGUCCUAUGCUACCGACACCGGGCUCUGAAGAGGAACAUGAUUGGGGCUUAAACUAUUUCUGGAGACGUCUGUCAAAGAUCUCGCCGCUGAGCUGGAACGGGUGGAUGGUUAUUUCCCAAACACUCCAAGCUUAUGUUCACUGCGUUCGUUUGUUGGAAACGCUUACUUGUAUCUCCGAGAACAGCGCAAGAGGAAUGCUGGUCCAAGAUCUAAUGCCAUUCACUUUAAGUUUUUGGCCUUUUUUCUUCUGCCAUUGCCUCCUCUCACUGUUUUUACUCUCAUGCCAGGGAGAGCUCCAGAGGUCGUGCUUGCGGACAGUGGCGGAGAAAGUUAGUGAACAGUGCCAGUUAGCUUGCCACUGUAGGAGAUACCCUCCUCUGCCUCCACCACCGCCUCCACCUCCUCCUCCACGGCUACUGGGCACCACAGUGGCGGAGGAGGUGGAGGUGCCAUUGCCGAGGCCCUGGUGGAUGGAGAUGGACAUUAUAGUACUUGGGACAGUUUGCUGUGCAUCCGUCGUCUUCCUUCUUUCAGCCAUCAUCAUCUGCUACAAGGCAAUCAAAAGGAAACCACUGCGGAAAGAGGAGAACGGGACGAGUCGUGGGGAGUAUGCCAUGAGCAUCCGCAACAAGAAGGCCAUGGGUACGAACAACACUGUGGUGUAGACUCUCUCCUGGUGCACGCAGGAAAAUACCCCCCCUCCUCCUCCCAAACACAUUCGUUCUCACUGAAUGCAACAUGAGGUUCACGCUACGGGUGAACCCAGAAAAAAGAUACAACGUUCAGCUAAAAUAAAAAAAGAUGGAGAUCACAGCAGAAAGGACUGAAAGAUCCGCGACUCCCCAUGGUGUGAAAAGUGGCACGGCAGACUGAGCAUUAUGCUUUUAGUGACAGGCUGGUUGGCUGCAGGCUGGAGAGGGACUGGCUGCCAGUCUGCAGCAGAUCCAGACCUCGCACAGCCCCACGGGCAUCCAGACAGGACGGCCCGUCAUCUUCAUCACACCACUGAUCAAAUGCAUGCAGUUUUUAUAGAGAAUGCAACAUUUUUUUACAACUCAGCCCCCACACACCUGUCCAACAUAUUUUCUUCACAUCUGAGGCAGAAAGAGGGAGAGGGUGAGACUGUCGGUCCUGGCUCUGAGAUGUGGAUUCAUCUGACUAUGCAAUUUAAAGAAAUUAAUAUUUAACUAAAAAAACAAGAGUAAAGCGAGACAGAGGGAGUGGAGACAUCAUCGUGGGGUUCAGAUUAUUUUGCCAUGCCAAAAAGAGACAAUCUUAUUGUAAUAUAUUUAGGUCAUCCAUGUAUUUAUUUGCUCUAUUUGUUUAUCUUCAAAUUUAUUUUUAUACUUCAAAAGAUCUAUCCUGAAAGUGACACGCAUCUUUACAGAUUUUGAACAUCUUGAUGAAUUUCUUUAUAGCUCUGUUUUCUAAGUGAAUAAUUUGUAAAUUUCGUUGUGAUGUUUCUGACGCAGAAAACACCUUUUUUCUGUCGGGGUGUACUUCUGAGACUUUAGGCUUCUCUCAUGUGCUCAAGUGAAUGUGUGCUUUCCAAAACAUCACGUCUGUGUUUUAAUCCCUACCACGUCUGGCUGAACUUUGUGUCGCCCGCUCCCGGGGUCAUCUAGAUGCCUUCAGACGUGUUUUGUCCGGAUUCGACAAUCUUCCUUUCUCUAUGUGUCAAGAAGGGCUCAGCCCAUCGCUAUAGAAACGGGGGACCCGAGCCCAGGGCUGACUUUGAGAGUGGUGAUGGACAGGAGGUUUAGCCAAUAGCGGGAUCAGGUUGCACUAAGGACAGCCUCAGCAGGGUCGUGUGACGUCACAACCGUCCACAUCCUUGGUGGAAAAACACAUCUGCUCUGCUUAUCUUUUAAUUAUUUAUCUGUUUUUCUUUUCUACAUCAAAUCUGAUUGUGUCAGUGCAUGUGUGUGUGUGUGUGUGUGUGUGUGUGUGUGUGUGUGUGUGUGUGUGUGUGUGUGUGUGUGUGUGUGUGUGUGUGUGUUACUGAGUGUGCAUGCAAGAUGAUGAGUGUCCUCAGGGUGCUGUCCUGUCAGUCAUGUAUCCAUAUUGGCUAAACUGUGCAAAUUUGGACCAAUAAAAAAUAAAAAACACGCGCUUGAAUUCAAACAUGCACAUUUGAUAGCUAACAGUAUACUCUAUCAUGUACCUAUAUGAGAGAAAUGAUGAAUGCAUGAAUGUAAAUAUUGAUAUUUAAAUAUCUGCCUUCUGGACUGUUAAUUCAUGUACAGUGUAACAGAUCGUUCAUUCAUUCAUAGUAAAUCUUAACGUGCUACCAUUUAGAUUUAUGUCAUUGUUGUCAUGUUGAUGGAGCAAGCCAUUAAUGUAUAUAUGGCAAUCAAUAGUACACACACACACACACACACACACACACACACACACACACACACACACACACACACACACACACACACACACACACACACACACACACACACACACAUACAGUUUGUGCGUUAAAGCAAACAGAUAAAAAUUUGUGCAUAAGGUGAUUUCACUGCUGAGUUUUCCAGUAGUAAAUAAAACUGUACAUAAUAA